CUCUUCGGAGAGUUAGUGUUAGAGGGUGUAGACGACGACGGACUGCAAUCACGACCGAAUUUGCCGACGACGACGCGGCAGUAGCCAGAGGAGUUCCAUCACGUCCGACAAAGUCCCAAAAUUGCUGCUGCUAUUUUCGGUGGAUUGAAUUGUGAUUUUUUUGGGUUCGAGAUUGGAUCCGGACACUUGCGGAAAUUUGCUUGAAAUAUUGCUACAAUAUUGCACGGUCUCACGGUGUUUUUUUUUUUUUUUUGUUGAGUGAUAUCUCAGGGUGAGGGCCGUGUUGUGACGAGGUACCAACUACAGGCAGGAGGUAUAUCUUGGACUGAGUGACUAAAAGGUGCAGCAUCCGAGCGGCGGCGACGACGACGACGAGCAGAGCAGGAUGGGACUCAAGGACUGCGAAAUUGAGCUGGACAACCCGUACAACACGUAUUACGCCGGCCAGACCGUGAACGGGAAAGUUACGUUCACCUUCGAUUCGCCGAAGAAAGUUCGAGGAAUCGUGAUAAAGUUCGCCGGUGAAGCGGAAACCAAGUGGAGCCAAACCGAAACGAAAACCGAUCAGGAGGGAAAGCAGUACGAAAGUACGACGAACCUGACCGGCCAGGAAGAGUACUUCCAAAUCCAGUACUAUCUGUUGGGCGGUAAAAACAGCAAUGAAAUCGAACUGGAAGCGAAAAGUCACACGUAUCCGUUCACCUGUGCUCUUCCGCCGACACUUCCGUCCUCAUUCGAGGGAGAAUGGGGCUUCGUGAGGUAUACGAUAAAGGUCACGCUGGAUAGGCCGUGGAAGUUUGAUCAGGACUUGAAGAUGGCGUUCACCGUAAUUUCACCGGUUGAUCUUAACCAGAAUCCAAGGGUAAAGGAUCCGUUCAAGCUGGAGCUGGAGAAGACGUUCUGCUGCUUUUGCUGUGCCUCUGGUCCGCUCAGCCUGAUUAUUCACAUUCCAGUGACGGGAUUCGUGUCGGGUCAGACGAUUCCGCUGACGAUCGAGUGCGAUAACGCUAGUAACGUUGGCGUUGACUCGGUUAAGCUGACCAUGCGCAAGCUGCUGGCCUUCCACGUGAUGACUCCACGUCGUGAGACCAAAAAGAAAAAGGAGGUCAUCUCGGAAAUUUCCGUCGGUCCGGUCGAGGGUGGUAACAGCCAAACCUGGAGCCAGCACAUUCAAAUUCCUCCGCUGCCGCCGUCCAACCUCGUCAACUGUGGCAUCAUCGACGUCGAUUACGACAUCAAGGUGGAAGCUGUUGUGUCCGGGCCGCACGCCAACCUGGACGGAAACAUCCCGAUCGUGGUGGGAACGGUUCCGUUGGCGUCGUUCCAGCCUCCGCCGCCAUACACUGACAAUCCUCCGAUUACGGACGAUCCAUCGAUGUUGCCAACGCAACCGGUUAGCCCGGCCAGCCCACCCAACGGCACAGGUGGUGCCCUAGGCUGGAACAUUGCCGGAGCGGAUAAUCCGUACCCCAACAUACCUCCUCCAACAUUUGCGGAAGCCACCUUCAAGGCGCCCAACAUUUCGAAUAAAAAUGACAGCGAGUUCACUCGAUUCGUUGGCCCGGCGGAUUAUGCCCCACGGUAUCCGACGUAUGCGUUCGCUCCGUCCGCACCUCCGGCUGAUUUGUAGAUCAUCAGUUUAAAAUUUGGAAUUGUUUAAUUGUUUUUUUGUACCCCAAAAUAAAGGUACAUAUUUUUCGAACAAUCUCUGUUACCACUUACAUUCAAUCAAAUCACAUCAAAAAGAAUUCUCAAAUUGAGCAAAAGAACAAUCACCGUAUUUUGUUACAUUUGAAUUAAUUUCAUAACUUUUUAAGAAACGCACAGCAACAAAACUGAAACUGAAAGAUAUUUUUUUUUUAACAACAUCCUACCAUAAAUUGCAUGUAAGGAUAUAAAUAAACUAUACUAGAAACAUAUAUAUAUUUUAACAAACCUCUUCACAACGUGUCAAAAAGCACGUGGUGCUCUAAGCUUACCGAUUUAAUCAAGGUUCAUAUUCUACUGGCUAAUACUUAUCUCUGCCUUACACCUCUUCAAAAUAAUAAUACGCGUAGAAAGUAUAACUUGUAGAGUCAUACAUCACAAAUAAGUAGUUACUUUUUUUCAUUUAAUGAUAAAUACGCGCCGCAGGAAAAAAAAAGAACACGACGUCAAACUGAAAAGAAGACUGUCUCGUAGUACAUUGAAUAUAGAGUGCCUAGCUGUGGAAGUAUUGCCAAAACCCGAAAGUCAACAAAUAGCGUCUGCUGAAAAUCCGUCAAUUUAAGGAAGAAAUAAGAGAAAACAAAAUACACGUGAACUUCCUCGGUCCGAUCGUUGCUAACAGCCAUGCAAGAGUAAUCUUGCAAAAAAUUGCAAUGCUUGUGGAAGAAUAAAAUGUGCUUACAUGAUGUGCUUCUUUUUUAUUAUUUGCUGUAAACUUCUUUAAAACAUAAAAAUAUAGCAUUUCUAAACAGA